AUUGCCUAAAUUGAGCCGAAUAUGUAAAUUAGGUAAAGAUUAAAUUUCUUCUUCAUGUUUGGAUGUCUGAACACAGGAACACUGGUACUGAUCACUCUCCUCCUUUUCCUGCCUGUUUCCCACACACAGCAGCUGUCAAAAUGGAUGCUAAUGAGCCAGAACCAGGUGACUUGAUAGAGUUCUCCUGUGGUGUCUAUAAGCACUGGGCUGUGUACAUUGGUGAUGGGGAUGUUGUUCACUUGGUUACCCCCGACAUAAGCAGUUCAGCGGCUUCAUCAACUGUGUCAGGAGGUUCUGUGAGGGGCCAAGUCAAGAAAAACAAACUCAAAGAUGUGAUCAACGGAAAGGAUUGGAAAAUAAAUAACCUACACGACCACAAGUGGAAACCCAGGCCAAAGCAGAAAAUUGUGAAAGAUGCCGUUUUGUGGGUGGGUGAGGCUGUGGAGUACAGUGUCACCGACAGGAACUGUGAGCACAUCGCCACCUUGUGCCGUUAUGGCAAACCUGAAUCUCGUCAGGCAGAGAGGCUGAAGAUUGCAGGCGCUGGAUUUGUAAUGGCAGUUAUUGUAGGAGCUCUGUUCCACGUGUUUAAGAAACAUCUUACAUAA